AUGGGCCUGACAAAGCAGUACCUACGCUACGCGCAUGUCGGCAGCUUCAACGCGGUGGGCUCGUCGAACGGGGCCGUGGUGGCCCUCGACCACCAGACGUGCGCCGUCACCGCCUGCGAGAACGUCCACUUCUACAACUUCCGCACCGGGGAAAAGGUGGCCUCGUUGAGCGAGUCGGAGAAGCAAGUGACGUGCCUCCGACUCAGCCACAACAAGCAGUUCCUGGCGAUUGGAUACUCCGACGGGGCCAUUCGACUCUUCAAUCGACAAGCAGAAGAUCAAAACGAAUGCAUCGUGUUCAUGGGCCACAAGAAGGGCGUCAACUGCCUGGCGUUCAGCCACGACGGGCUGACGCUCGCGUCCGGUGGAAAGAUCUACUCGUUUCUGCUGUUGAAAGAGGACACGAUGCUCAUCGUCGCCACCUCCGAGCUCGAGCUGUACAUCUUUGACAUGACGUGGCUGAGCGGGGAAGAAGGUCAUCUACCGCCUGGCGACGAUGGACCGGAUUUGAAGAAGCCGAAAGAGACGCAGAAACCUCUCGACGGCCCACAACUGCUCGGCGAUUGCGAGAAUGGCUCGGACCGGCUGAUCGACUUCUACCGCGUCUACAGUGACGACGAGGCCCGGAAGCGGCUCUCCAAAAAGUUGAGAAAAGCCAAGCGAAAAGCGGCGGAUAGUGGAGCCGACGAGGGCCCGUCAUCAGAAGACGUCGGCAAAGACGUGACGCUCGUGUUCGCGCGGAUUGGCGAAUGGCGAGCUGCGGCCAAGCCGAAAUGGAUCUCCUUCGCCCCGUCGCAGCCUGCUCAAAAUGACGACGGAGUUCUGCAGUAUCGGGCAUUCUGCCUGUUUGUCAACAACUCGGUCGAGUCGCUGGACGUCAAGCUGAACGCGGCCACGAACGAGGUGGUCGUGGAGAAGGCCGCCGAUUUGGAGAAGAUGGGCCAUCGCGGCGACGUGCGGUCGAUGAGCGUCGCGUCGCACGACUCGCUGCUGGCCACUGGCGGUGGCAAUCAGGUGAUGCUGUGGAACGUCGAGACGUUUCGGGCGGCGAAUUGUCUGCAAGAAGAGGGAAUGGACGACGUGACGGCCGUCCUCUUUGCCACUGGCGAUCGGCACGUCAUCGCCGCCACCAAGGGUUUCGUGACCGCCUCCGCCGACAAGAAGCUCAAGUUCUGGGGCUACGACCUCGUCAACGAGGGCACACAAAAACGGCUGACGGUGCGGGAGAAGCGGGUGCUAGAGCUGCAGGACGAGGCGCUGUGUGCCGCCAUCACCCCCGACGGCAAAUUCCUGAUCGUGGGCCUGCUCGACAUGACGGCCACCGUGUUCUUCGUCGACACGCUCAAGUUCUACCUGUCUCUCUACGGCCACUCGAUGCCCGUCACCUGCUGCACCACAAGCCCGGACAACAAGCUGGUGGUGACCGGAUCGGCCGACAAGACGAUCAAGAUCUGGGGCCUCGACUUUGGCGACUGUCACAAGUCUUUCCACGCACACGAUGAAGCCGUCUCCGCGGUGCUGUUCUCGCCAAGCGAUGAGAUGCUCGUCUGGUCGGCGGGUCGAGACGGAAAGUGGGAUGCCGUCAAGUUCGAGGCGGUGCAGAAGCUGGACAGGCACACGGCCGAGAUGAGGGCCCUGGCGCAGACGAGCAAUGGAAAUAUGCUGUUGACGGCCUCACACGAUCGAUCGAUUCGUGGAUGGGAAUUGACCGAGGAGAUUAUUGUGCUGCAGGAAGAGGAAGAGGUCGAACGAGAGAAGCUGUACGAGGAGAAGCUGGCCGAUGACGAGGAUGUGGUGGCUGGAGAGACAAAGGAUACUGAGGCCACGGUGGCUGAGAGGAAGAGCGAGCACACAAUUAUCGCUACGGAAAGCAUCAUCGAGGCCAUCGACAUUGUCCGAAAGGAGCGACAGGUCGACAAGGACGAUCUGGAGCACACUCCGCACCCGCUGUACCUGGCCUACCGUAGCGCGAGUGUCGACCAUUUUGUGCUGGAUGUGAUUGGGAAGAUUCGUGCCUCAUAUGUCGAUCGAUGUCUCCUCCUAUUGCCCCUCUCAUAUCUGGGCGAUAUUCUGCAGGCGAUGGCCGGAUGUGUGGCCAACAAAUACAAGGUCGAGCUGGCCAGUCGCAUCGCCCUCUUCCUCAUCAAAAUGCACCACUGCCACGUGACGAACAGCGUCGAGAUGGUGCCCAUCGUCGGGCUAUUGCGCGCCAAUUUGCCCAAGGGGAUUCGGCAAAUAAAGGACACGGCCAGCUUCAACUUUGCGGCCCUUCGACUGCUUGCCAACGAGAUUGAGAACAGCCAAGAGAUUCGCGUCUUCUCGGAUCUGUCGAAAAUCGAGAAGAAGCAGAACAAGAAGAAGAAGCACCAACAGGGCACCAACAACAAGAAGGCCGUCCUCCACACACUCGCCGCC